UGGGCAUUCACAAGCCAGAUGCCCUUUCGAUCUCGAACCCCUCAUCAACCCAGCCAGGCUUGCGCUCACUCAUUUUUUUUUCUUCGCCUGGCCUUUUCGACUUCAAGCGCAGCUUCUCUCCACUGUCCUUUUUCCUCUGCAUUCGCUGUAGCGCUUGAUUCAAGAUGAUCAUUUACAAGGACCUCAUCAGCGGCGAUGAGCUCGCGUCUGACACCUCCAAAAUCGUCGAUGUCGGGAACGGUUUGUGGGAAAUUGACGGCAAGAUGAUCACAAAGGGCUCGGAGAACUUUGUCCUUGAGGGCGCCAACCCGUCCGCUGAGGGUGAAGACGCCGAGGACGGGACGGAUGACACCAAGGUCACGGUCCUUGAUCUUGCCGACCAGUUUCGUCUGCAAAAGUUGGAGGGUGGAAUGAGCAAGAAAGCAUAUCAGUCCGAACUCAAGAAAUACAUGAAGGCUUUGACCGAGAAAUUGAAGGAGAAGGGCAAGAGCGAGGAAGAAAUCAAGAAAUUCCAGUCCGAAGCACCUGCUGCUGCCAAAAAGAUUCUGGGCAACUGGGACAACUACGACAUCUAUCAGGGCGAAUCCAUGGACGAGAACGGAAUGUACGUCCUUGUUGACUUCCGUGAGGACGGCAUGACGCCUUAUGCAACCGUCUGGAAAUGGGGUCUGGAGGAAUACAAGGUGUAGGCGAGACGGCCAUGUGGAUUGGUGCAGAUGGGGAUGCAUACAAUACAAAAUGAUGACGGCCUGAGAUGUGGAACGCGGGGAAUGGCCUGCAAUAGCUCAUUAUCGUCCAAGCAUGCCACGAAGAAUAGAACCCGCAAUUUGCUCGCUGGCUCAGUUCUUGUUGUCCCUGCCUCCCAAACUGGGCCAUGAGGAGUAUUGGCAAAUGGGCUGGCGUAACUGUGCCUUGCAGUCCUCCCAAGGCUUGUUACGGACACGCUCACGCCACAGGCAAAGAAUGGCCCGGUGCAAGUGCGUCUGUAAAAGCUUCCGAGCAGACAUGUGCUCUCCUCUCUCGAUGAUCCGGAACAGCGCUAGAAAGCGGCCAGGCUGUCAAGAACAUUGCGAGUAUGCCUAUCUCCAAGCGAUUAUUGGCGGCGGCAUGUGGAAAGAGAGGGAGACUCCCCCGCAGCCAAAAGUUGCAACUCGGCCUCCUUCGAUUAGGCGGGCAUUUUAGAGGGACUGGAGCAGAGCCUGGUGCUGAAGGACG